CAAACAACAAAUGAGACGUCAAUAAACAGCUGCUUAGCAAAACUGUCAUAAAUGUCAUUUGGGAAAUAAGCGGAACCGCUUUGUAGCAAAUUUUCACUUGAUUUGCGUAUUUUCUAUAAACUUGCAAUAUCGAGCAACCAUGACGGAGGAGACUAGUGAAAAGUUGAAGAAUUCCGAAAAGUCCUCGAAAUCACGCGAUAAAUCUCACAAAUGGGACAAAGUGAAAGUCCUGAAAAAGGUGGUUAUUCGACGUUUGCCGCCCAGUAUGACAGAGGAAACCUUCUUGAAGCAGAUCGAGCCGUUGCCCGAUCACGAGAACUACUACUUCGUCCCGGCUGAUUGGUCUCUGGGCCAGGAUGCGACCGCCCGGGCUUACAUUAACUUCCUAAAUCAGGACGAUAUAUUCCUUUUCAAAGACCGCUUCGACGGUUACGUGUUUGUUGACAAUAAAGGCGCAGAAUAUCCUGCAAUUGUAGAGUUUGCUCCAUUCCAAGGACUGCCACGUAAUAAAAGUCGGAAGAAGGAUCCGAAAGUGAAUUCAAUUGAAACGGAUCCGCAUUACAUCAGUUUCUUGGAAACUUUGAAUAAGGAGGAAAGCGAAGGGUCCAAGGCAGAGUUCAAAUUGGAGUAUUCUUUCCAGCUUAAAGAUGAUAAAAAAAUUACGUCUACUCCGCUCCUUCAGUACUUGGCUAACAAGAAGCAAGAACGUCGGGAUGAACGUAAACGCAAAUUGGAGGAAAAACGCCGCCUACGUGAAGAAGAACGUCAACGCAAGAAAAACUUAGUUUCGAAAAAUAUUCCACAAGCAAUUACAGAAGAGGAGGCUAAGGAAGAAGAAAAACCUAAAGAAAAAUCGACUGAAAAAAAACGCGAUCGCGAAAGGACAGAAGAACGCAAAGAAGCCCGCAAUCGUCGUCGAGACCAAAAGCGUAAAGAAGAACGAGAAAAAAAUCGUAAUAAGAGUCAAGACAAUCGAUCUGAAAAUAAUCCAAACAAGUCAGAAAAGGCACGAGACGAAGAUGACAAAAAGAAAAAAGAUAUCAAGAAGUACAGUCUUUCACGACGUGAAAAGCAGCGUUCUCGCGAUGGCUCAAACACCGACCGCAAACCAAAAGAUUCUAGUGCCUCGCAGCCUGGUACACCCAGCAUCCAAAAUGUUACUCCAAGUACAGACAAGCUCAGUACCAAUGAUGGGAUAAGCGAAAGCGUUAAGGAAUUCAUCAAGAGUGUGGCAUCUUGUAAGGAGUUCAUACCUCGUAAUCGUGAAAUUCCGAUAAACUCAACCUUGGAGGGGAAUAAAAGUGUUGAUACUGAAGACGGCUUGGCUGAAGUUCGGAGCAAAUUAGAGCAGUUAAGGACAUCAAGUCAAAGUGAAGUUGGCGAAACGAAGGAAUCACUGGAAAAGGUUAACGACAAGAACGAUGGAAAUUCUGGAAGCGCCGAAAAAGAAAAAGAAGAAAAAAAUCCACGGAGAAUUCGUAACAAGAAAAUUGAUCGUCCAUCGAUUGAAAUCUACCAGCCGAGAAAGAUGCGCAUACCAUCUCUGACGGGCAAAGAUACAAGUGGGCGUUCCAGCACUGAGUUAAAAGAUUACAGAAGUAACCCAACUUCGGAUUGUGAGAGCAUUAAAAUGGAAAGGGAUGAAAAAGCCAAUGCCAAAAGAAAAGUUAGUCGAUACUCGGAACGUCGUUCCGAUCGUGCAAAGGGCAGAAUGUCGAAAGACAGAGAAAGUAAAGAUGUUGAUGUCCCUCAAACAAAACAGGCAGAGCCUGCCGAGGAAAAAGGGGUUGAUGUAAAAAGUGAAUCGUAAUUUUUCUUGAUUUUGAUUUGCAUUUACGUUGUUAAUAAAAUCGUUUAUAUUUUAC